AUGAGAAACCAUUUCUUCAAAUCUCCUGCUCGAUCCACACCCUCUCAUUCCCCUCCCCCGUCUCACGGCCUCUGCCAGUCUCUCAUGGAAGAGAACAUCGACGUUGCAGAAACCCUAAUCACCAAAUGGGAUUGCACUGCUUCCUCUUAUGCUGACAUCACUCCUCUCUUUCAAGACGACCGCUACGAGGCCAAUCAGUACCUCAAAGCCGUCAAGGACUUGCAAACAGCGAUGCAGUAUUUCGGCUCCGAGCGUAUGAACUCUCACCAUCUUGUUCGUGCUCAGAAUUUGAUGCAGACUGCUAUGAAGAGGUUGCAGAGGGAGUUUCAUCGGAUUUUAGCGGAGAAUCGAGCGCAUUUGGAUCCCGAAUCGAUUUCUAAUCGUUCGUCUAGAGAUUCUGUUUUCACUGGGAAUUCUGAUUUGGAAGAUGAGAGUGAAGAUGAUUUACGAUUUGCGAAUGAGAAUAAUGUUAGUGAAGAGGAACGGAUUUCGAGAUCGGCUAUUAAGGAUUUGAAAUCCAUUGCGGAAGGUAUGAUUUCUGCUGGUUAUGGUAAAGAGUGUGUGAAGAUUUAUAUUGUUGGUAGGAAAUCGAUUGUUGAGGAAGGUUUGUAUAAUCUUGGAGUUGCAAAACCCAAUUAUCAUCAUGUUCAUAGGAUGGAGUGGGAGGUUUUGGAAGUCAAGAUUAAGAACUGGUUGAAUGCUGUUAAAAUUGCUGUGAAAACUUUCUUUGAAGCGGAGAAAUUCCUAUCCGAUCAAGUUUUCUCCAGUUCUGCUUCGAUUAGAGAAUCUGUUUUCUCGGAAAUCACCAAAGAAAGUGCUCUGACUCUCUUUAGCUUCCCGGAAAUGGCUGUGAAAUCGAAGAAAACGCCGGAGAAAAUUUUCUUGAUUCUUGAUCUGUACGAAGCGAUUUUCGAUCUAUGGCCGGAAAUCGAAUCGAUGUUCAUCUACGAAUCAACAGCCUCCAUCAGAUCCUUAAUCGAUCAUUCGUUAACAAAAAUCGCCGAAAGCAUCCGCUCCAUGCUCAUCGAUUUUGAAUCUCAUAUCCAAAAAGAUUCCUCCAAAACACCAGUACCAGGCGGUGGAGUUCAUCCACUCACUCGUUAUGUGAUGAACUACAUCGCCUUUCUCAGCGACUACAGCGGAAUCCUCCCCGGAAUCGUCGCCGAUUGGCCGUUACUUCUUCAUUCUCCAUUACCGGAAUCCUUCUUUGGCGGUAACGAUUCAGAAGAAAAUCCUCUCACCAUACGCAUGGCUUGGUUGAUUCUAGUCCUUCUCUCGAAGCUCGAUAGCAAAGCAGAGAUCUACCACGACGCUCCUCUCUCGUACAUCUUCCUCGCUAACAAUCUCGAGUACAUAGUCGUGAAAGUACGAACCUCAAAUCUCCGAUUCGUUCUUGGAGAUGAGUGGAUCGAGAGCCAUGAAACGAAGGUGAGGCAGUACGCUUCGAGUUACCAACGGAUGGGAUGGAGUAGAGUGUUCUUAUCGUUGCCGGAGAAUCCAAUGGCGGAAAUCUCACCGGAAAGAGCAAGAAAACACUUUCAUGAUUUCAAUAUCGCGUUUGAAGAAGCAUACAGACAUCAAGCAUCGUGGAUCGUUACGGAUUCGAAGCUUCGAGAGCAUAUCAAGAUCUCGUUGGGGAAGAAACUGGGUACGCUUUACGGUGAGUUCUAUAUCAGUAACCGGUCGCGAUUGGAGAAUCUUUACGGAAGUGAAUCGGAGGUAAGAUUUGCACCGGAUGAUUUAGGGAAUUACUUGUCGGAUUUGCUUCACGGCGAUGGGAACUCGGGAGGGAGUGUUUCUUCCUCGUCGUCGUUGUCGUCGUCGCCGUAUCAUUUUCACGGUGGACGGCGGAGUGGAUGA